AAAAGAAGUGGCCCUAACAGCGGCAGCCCCUCCUCCCCCCACUCUCUUCUCUGGUUCCCCUCCACGGAUCCAUCUCCCCUUUCGCCAUCCAAGUUCCCAACCCCCGAAAUAGCCGGCGACCAGGCGGUGCAGAGCUCGAACCUGGAGGCGUCGGCGAGCUCGGAGUAUAGCGACCCGAGGCGGUGCACGGAGAAGUACUUCGCCGUCGUCAAGGCAGCAGGUGCGGCGACUAGGGGAGGAGCAGUGCCUCGAUUACCGAGGGCACGAGCGAAAGGGAGCAGGCGAGCGGCGGGAGUCGGGGCCUGCUCGAGGCGGCGCUGGGGAGAUGGGUUCCAUGGGAAGGAACCCGAGCGAGUAGGCGGCGGCGCGGCGGGGAGGAGUCUUGCGGACCUCGGCGACGACGCCGCUUCCGUCGAAAGCCAUCGGCAAGAUGAGGUUGGUCGGCUUGACGGGCGGGAUCGCGUCGGGGAAGAGCACCGUGUCCAGCCUCUUCAAAUCCGCCGGCGUCCCUCUCGUCGACGCCGACAUCGUGGCUUGGAAUGUUGUGCAGAAAGGUACUGGAGGCUGGAAGAAGGUUGUGAAAGCUUUUGGGAAUGACAUUUUGUUGGAAAAUGGAGAAAUUGACAGAGCUCGCUUAGGUCAGAUUGUUUUCUCUGACCCAGUGAAACGAAAACUUCUAAACAGUCUUCUGGCACCAAAUAUUUCAUUUGGUAUAUUUUGGGAGAUACUAAAACUGUGGGCAAACGGAUGCACGGUUAUCGUUGUCGACAUCCCACUCUUGUUCGAGACAAAGAUGGACCGAUGGAUGAACCCUGUCGUUGUUGUAUGGGUGGAUCCCAAAACACAGAUGGAGAGGCUCAUGUCAAGAGACGGGUGCAGCGAAGAACAAGCUCAGAACCGGAUCAACGCGCAGCUUGCGCUGGACUGGAAGAAGUCCAAAGCCGACAUAGUGAUCAACAAUUCCGGCUCACUGGAUGACACGAAACAACAGUUCCAGGAAGUGCUGAAGCAAGUUUCAGGUCCAUUGACAUGGAAGGAGCGCUUGAUGUCAAGGGAUGGCUUUCUCUCUAUCGUUGUAUGCACAACAGCAGGGGUUUUACUUGCUCAGAAGAAUCUGCUAUGAUCUUCGUUAGAUGCUUAGGAUUUGACUAGGUUAAUUGGUUGAAAAUUGCGAAGUGUGGCUAGAGAUUGAACAUUAAACCAGCACGAUUAUAGUUGUGUUCAACAUUUUGGAUUCAUGCAGCUACUGCUGAAAUUUUGAGCACUGGAAUAAAUUUUGUAAGUGAUUGCUUGUGU